AUGUUCCAGCUGCCCAUCCUCAACUUCAGCCCGCAGCAGGUGGCGGGGGUCUGCGAGACCCUGGAGGAGAGCGGCGACGUGGAGCGCCUGGGCCGCUUCCUCUGGUCGCUGCCCGUGGCCCCCGCGGCAUGCGAGGCCCUCAACAAGAACGAGUCGGUGCUGAGAGCCCGCGCCGUCGUGGCCUUCCACACCGGGAGCUACCGGGAGCUCUACCACAUCCUGGAGAACCACAAGUUCACCAAGGAGUCCCACGGCAAGCUGCAGGCCCUCUGGCUGGAGGCGCACUACCAGGAGGCGGAGAAGCUGCGCGGCCGCCCGCUGGGGCCGGUGGACAAGUACCGCGUGCGGAAGAAGUUCCCGCUGCCGCGCACCAUCUGGGACGGCGAGCAGAAGACGCACUGCUUCAAGGAGCGGACCAGGCACUUGCUGCGCGAGUGGUACCUGCAGGACCCUUACCCCAACCCCAGCAAAAAGCGGGAGCUGGCGCAGGCCACGGGACUUACCCCCACGCAGGUGGGCAACUGGUUCAAAAACCGCCGGCAAAGGGACAGGGCGGCGGCCGCCAAGAACAGGCUGCAGCAGCAGGUGCUCGCGCAGGGCUCGGUGCGCUCGCUGCGAGCGGAGGAGGAGAGCGGCGGCGAGGCGGCGGGGGCCGCCUCCAGCCCCGCCGCCAGCCUCUCCAGCAAGGCGGCCACCUCCGCCAUCUCCAUCACGUCCAGCGACAGUGAAUGUGACAUCUGAGCCCAGCGCCACGGCGGA